AUGCCCGAACCACUGACAUCGGUGACACUGCCCUACCAGUGUCUUCUGGUGUUGGGGCUCAACUUCAACUUUGACAUUAAGGAGGUACCGUUCUUCAUAGAUAUGUUUCUGAUUUCUGUAGUCCUCGAUCAAAGAAGGCUGAACUUUAAUGCCGUCAGCCAGGUUUACUGCUUUCGUAUAAUUGACCUUGUGAAAGGUAGCCAACUACGUGAAUUGAACCCAUUUGUCCUUCUGACGAACGACAAUUGUGGGAAAGUUCGCAGCCACAACAGGGCAGCAAGCGAUUCCAGUCAGUUCAUCGAGGCUACGAAACGGGACGCUUUGAAUCUGCUGAAAAAAGAGCUCGAAAGGCUCCAGGAAACCUGCGAACCUCACAGGUUCGAAGAAACCAAACAACAGUAUGAGGGAUUCACGAAGUUAUUCACAAGAUUCCUCGAUGAAACUGGACCCUCUGUUGAUUGGGACCAGAUAGAAAAGCUCCCCAAUGAUGCGGUUCGAGAUUACUCAACUUUGGAAACUCCAACCGCCGAUUUGGUACACAAGAUGCUUGACAAGCUGGUUGUUAUCAAACUGAACGGUGGUUUAGGGACGUCGAUGGGAUGCCACGGACCGAAAUCGGUGAUUACGGUUAGAAACGAUUUGACGUUUUUGGAUUUAACGGUUCAGCAAAUCGAGGUGA